AUGUCUCUACGGAAAAAUGAGACAUGUGAGCCAGAUUUAUUGAAAAGGCGCCGAGAAUGCUCUUUGAUGAUUCGCAUUGAUCCCUAUAAUCCGAUUCGACAUUUUCAACGCGGCUUAACAUACCAGGCGCUUGGCUUUCCCGACUUAGCUGCUGCUGAUGCCUACCGCGCCCUUACCUUACUCGAUUCCGUAAUUGACCCCGAUACAAGCGAAUAUCCGGCUCGAAAACGAGUUGAUUUGGAAUCUUUUUCAGACUUGAGCUCGCUUGAGGUUUUGGAUGGGAGUGGAGGUAAUACUCAGGAGUACGGAAACCGCCACGAUGUUGAGAGCCCCGCGUUCGAACCCCUUUCAGAUAAGGAAUAUGCCGAGCAUAUCUUUGAAGUUUACGAAUUAUUGGUGAAAUCUCUUGCCCAAUGCGGGUGUUUGAGGGAUGCCUAUGACAUGUGUGUGCAGGCUAUGAAUUUACCUACAGAUGGGGUUAAAGGGAAAAUGCGAAACACAGAGCUACCGUUGUUACUCAACAACAUCAAAGAAGCCGCCAUUUCUACUAACGUGAAUUCAACCGGCUUUGAUCCUAUGACUCUUCCUGCUCAAGGUCACGCUCGGCGAUCAUUAUACCCAUGGAACACUCACGAACCGGAUCGAAACAAACCAGAGAUUGUAAAAUAUCUGAAUGAACGGCUGGCCCAGGUAGCACCCAAAUGCGAGGUUCGUACAACAACUUUACCAUCUUUGCACGAGAGUGUUGUGAAUGGAAAUUUACGCGAAGACAUCACUUUUGAAGGCGGUAACGUUUCUAUCCAACUUGGCUUAUUUGCGAAAGAAGACAUUGCUCCCGGCGAGAUACUAUUGCAUGAAUCAUCAAUGUUAACAGCAACAAAUCGACUGCAUGAUGAUAUAUGCGAUGCUUGUAAUGGUCCCUUACCAGAACUCUCAUCCUCUGAACCACCUGUUGCUUGCGAAGAUUGCCAUGAUACUAUAUUCUGCAGUCAAACGUGCCAUGAUCUAGCCCAGGAACUCUACCACGCUGCAAUGUGUGGGCAAGAUGGGCUAGAGUCUAUAGGCAAAGAUGUCCCGGAUCCAAAAGAUAAAGCUGAUUAUCUGUACCUUUUACUGCUCGAGCGUUCCAUUGCAAUGGCAGCCACUCAAGAUAUCCACCCUCUUGACCUCCCAGAAGUCAAAUACAUAUGGGGUGAUUUCUCCUCUUUGGAUGGCAAAGGAGAUGAUAUUUUUGAUACAACUUUCACUAAAAGACCAGCAUCCGCUACAUUGCCGUUUUCUUUUCAGCUUAAUAUCGUCCAGCCUAUGCGUAUUCUGGAUGAGAUGGGGAUUGAUCCCUUCAAAUCAUUAGAUCGGUAUGAUACCUGGGUCUUGAAUACCCUGUAUGCUAAAUUUCGCGGGACUGCAUCUGGUCGUCUAUCUACAUGGGAUGGCGGUCCUGAAGUUUGUGCUGUACAUCCUCUGUGGUGUCUAGCAAAUCAUAGCUGCGAUCCAAAUGUGCGAUGGGAAUGGGGUGGCGAGAUCACUUUUACUGCUAGAACCGAUGAGGGGAGGGUCAAAUGGGGUCCAGAAUCCAGGUCUAGCAAGGGAGGUAUCUCGAAAGGCGAAGAAAUUCUAAAUCACUAUUGCGAUAUUAGCCUUCCCGUUAAGAAAAGACGUGAAUGGGCCAUGGAGGAAACCAAGGCUACAAACUGCUUUAAGAAUUCCAACAGAGCAAACUAG